GCGAACACCAGCACUUCUCCACCGGACGAAAUUGGGAGGCAGGUGUGGGAGUCCUGUCGCCAACAGAUGCGUCGAGCGACUGCUGAUAACAUAACGAACGGGGUCUCGAGGAUGCGUGUGGGGAGCGAUGCCGAUGCGGAUGACACUCGGAGGGCGAGUGGUAAAGAAUCUCCACAUUCCCAUUGCGAGGAGGAACCAGAAGAUGCGGAAGACUUGGAGACUCGACCCGUUGGUGUACGUGGUGGACGGAGGGGUGGAUGCGGACGUCAACAGAAGGCCGCUUCACGUGGUGGUCGUGGAUCGAAGGGUCCUAUGGGCAAGAAGGGCGGCAAACAUCCAGCUUGGAGUGUUGAGGAGACGGUCAAUCUCGCUCGAGUGAAGCGGGAUGAGCAAGCUCGUUUCGACAGAAUGCCGCACAACUAUGGCCGCAUGCGCAACAGGGAAUGCAAGCUGCACGAUCUGCAGAAGCGUCUGGUGGAGGUGGGCGUGAAGAGGACGACCGACGACAUCGGCAAAAAGUGUGAUAACCUCUUCCAACAAUAUAAGAAGGUGCAACGAUACCAGAAUGCGUUCGGGGGGAAGAACUUCUUCAUCUUGACGCUUGCGUUGAGAUCAGAAGAGGGCUUCAACUUCUGAAUGGAUCAGCGAGUGUACCUUGAGAUCGACAACAUGUCUCAAGGCAAUAAGACCAUCUACCCGGAUAACCUCACCGACACGAG